UUAUUCUAUUCGUUGGAACCAGAGCUGCUUUUAUUUUGAAAAGUAGUCCGUGCGUCAUGAUUUACACGAGCCGUCUUGCCGGUGACUUCACAUAGCUCCUGAACUAAAAGGGCUAAUAUGUCGAUGGAGGAUCCUUUUUUCGUGGUUAAAGGGGAGGUGCAGAAGGCCCUGUCCAAGGCACAGGGGCUGUUCGAGCGCUGGGAGGACCUGCUUCAGGAGGAGACCCCCGUCAGCCGCGAUGAGCUGGACUGGAGCACCAAUGAACUCCGAAACUGCCUGAGGGCCAUCGACUGGGACCUAGAGGACCUGCACGAAACCAUCAGUAUUGUGGAGGCAAACCCUGGAAAGUUCCGUUUAGGAGAACAUGAACUCCAGGAAAGGCGGGAAUUUGUGGAACGAACUCGUAAAUCCGUGCAGCUGAUGAAGGAGCAGCUCUCUAGUCCCUCAGCUGUGGCUCAAGCAGAGAAGAAAAACAAACAGGCUCUGCUGGGGGCCACGGCAAAGGAUCGGUUCACCGGUCUGGAGCCUCACCUGGUGUCUGCAAACUCCAGAUACAUUCAGGAGCAACAGGAACAGCAGCAGCUGAUCAUGCAGGACCAGGAUGAGCAUCUGGAACUGGUCUCAGGCAGUAUCCGUGUCCUGAAGGACAUGUCCGGCAGGAUUGGAGACGAGCUGGAUGAGCAGGCAGUUAUGCUUGGCGAGUUUCAUGAGGAGAUGGACCAGACCGGUUCCAGAAUGGACUCAGUAUUGAAGAAAAUGGAGAAGGUUUCACACAUGACCAGCAGUCGGAGACAGUGGUGCGCUAUUGGAGUUCUUGUAAUCAUCCUGAUCGUGGUGCUCAUUCUGUUAUGCGCUCUUUAAACCAGACUCUUCUUCAGUUUGGCCCUCCAUCAUGCCAAAAGCUUACAGAGGAAGUCAGAAUUUCACCACAAUUCUUCCACCUCCGCUUCCUUUAUCUUUGUGAAAAAAAGAGUUCAGUUAUUGUUUAGUCUUUUUACCCGUCUUUUGCCCUCAUCUAACCCAUAUGUCUUCUGACUCUCAGCAUUUCACUCUCUCUCACUGCUUUUAGAUUGAACUCUUUGUCCAAUGGUCUAUUCCAGAAUUUCACUGCUGCUGAGAUGGUUAACAGUUAUUGCAUUUCUUAUGUUUUAUUGUGGUACAAGUGUGGAAUGAGGAAUUUGAUAUUGCCUUAUUAUAUUUUUAUAUGUGUAAUUAUUAAGCCAUAUAGGAAUUGUGUACAUUAUAAAUGCCCCUGAAAGAUGCUGACAAUACAUGUGCUGAUGGUUCACCAAGCGCAAUGAAUAAAGCAGGCUCAUAGUGCC